AUGGGACCAGAAAACCAUUUGCAACAAUUAUCAAUUAUAGUGUACAAAGAAAAUAACACGUGCGAAAACAACGGCUUAGAAAUUAUUGCCAAAAACGAGGCUACUGGAUCCACUGAAAGCAUCAAAUACAAUGAUUCCGCGUUUAAUAGAGAGAACAUGAACCAACGGAAACAACAAGAGAAUUCAUGGAACCUACAGGAAGAGCCAGUUGCGAUCCUGAGAGUGAAGACUAAAUACGAAGAAAUUGAAAAAAACCAAAAGUAA